UCGAGGCAUUCUAUAGCGCGGACGUAGCUGUGUUUUCAGUAUUCGAACAAACAUUUAUCGCCUAUUUUAGUUUCUUUGAGGCUCAGAUUUAGUGGUUCUAAAAACUUUUAUUUGAUUGUUCUUAAACGGAAGAUGCAACUUCUAAGAAAGAUUGAUUGUUUAUUAAAUUAAAAUAUAGAUAAAUUUAUAUUUAAAUUAUCAAAGUUGAAUGGCGUUUGGAAACUGAAUAAAUUAAAUAUUUUUUCGCUUCAUUAUUUAGUCCAAAAAUCCGAGUUAAAUUCUUCCUAUUUCUUAUCCCUAUAAAUAAUAAAUAUUUUACGUUUAAUACUAGCAGUUCUGGCAUAAACUUUAAUUCAGAAAAUCAAAUGAAAGAUUGAAAAUUCAAGUGCAUCUCAGAGAAAGUGCAGUGCGCGAGGAGGAGAAUAUAAAUUCCGAUUUAAUGAUCUGAGAGUUUCAAAUAUUUAGCGAGUAAGUCCUCGCACUUUCGACCGGCUUCGGACGCAUUAUGCUCACGGACAUUGGCAGCAGUCCAAACGGUAACGGUAUCGGCAACAGUGGCCACAAUGGUCAUGGCCUAGUCGGCGGACUCCAUUCGAACUCCUCCAGUGGAAUCGGCAGUGCGAGCAGUGAAAAGUUGACAGCGCGCGGCGACGAGGCCAAUGCCAAACGGGGCAGCAAUGGUGAAGGCGAAGCCGACGAGGAUGCCGACGAUGACGAGGAUGAGGACGAGGACGACGACGACGAUGAUGAUGAUGCGGAUGAAACUACGGCAGAGUCCCCUCUACUACCCCUGAAGGACGACGAGUCAUCGCCCCCUCGCGUCCAGAGUUCCUCGCACAUAUCAGCCAGUAGGUCACCCCACCAGUACAGCACCUUAGACGGCGACCUCGAGCUGAAGCACCACCCCCUGCCACUCACAUCCGCGCCCGGCGAGCUGACCAACUGCAACAGUCAGGAAGGAGAGGCAAACAACAACAGCACCAAAAACAACAACAACCACGAGGGAACGUUCUAUAAGAACUAUCCGGGCAGGGACAUUCCCACCCACAAGCAUCAGCACGAGUAUCAGCUCUACCCCAACGACACCUUCGCUCGAUUGGAGGGCAAAGCCCCGAAACCGAACACCAAGAUGCAGACCAAAGUGGAUGCGGUAGGCCGGAUUACUGGGCCUUGGGGAAAGUGGCAGCUGCGAACAGUGCUCCUGAUCUUCCUGUGCAAGAUCCCGUCCUCCUGGUUCAUGGCCUGCAUCAUUUUCACUGCCCCAGCACCGCGACAUGGCGAGUUCUUCUGCAAGCCGCCAAACACAAUUGGUGCCCAGAACCAAACGCAAUGGAUCAAGGUUUCACAUCCGCAAAAGGAGGAGAGCGACGAUCAGGAGUUCAGCAUAGACUUCUGCAAUGUAUACCAGGAUGCCCAGCAGCACGCCCAUCACUACUACAACUACGAGAACAGCGAGCAGGAGCCGCGUGUCUGGGAGAAGCCUCUGCACCGCAACUCCAACGUGAUCCCCUGCACGGAGUUUCAGCACGAGUCUGACUACCACUCGGUGGUCACCCAGUACGAUCUCGUCUGCUCACGUGACAUUCUCGUAUCGGUCACCCAGUUCUUCCACCUAUUUGGCGUCCUUACUGGCGGCAUCCUGGCCAAUCAGUUGCUGAAAUAUUUCAGUCCGCGGAACGUAAUGCUCUUCGGCAUGAUCACGCAAAUAUUUUGUGGCAACCUCACUGGACACGUGGCCUCUUACGAACUUCACGUCUUCUUCCGCUGCCUCUCCGCCGUGUGCUGUGCCCAGAUGUACACUGCCGGAGGCCAAAUCAUGGCCGACAUAACAGGGGGGAAGUACCGCACCUGCGUCUCUACGCUUUUCGAGCAGUUCUGGUCCAUUGGGGUGAUGAUGCUGCCCGGAGUAGCCAGCUUCUGGUCCAGCUGGUCUCACCUCUACAUGGCCAUCUCGUGGCCCACUGUGAUACUAAUCUAUCUGUGGCAGUGGAUACCCGACUCGCCGCGCUGGCUGAUCGCACGAGGACGUACGCAGGACGCCAAGAAGAUCCUGCUGGAGUGCGCCGAGGUGAAUGGAACGCGGUACAACCUGCCCCACGACAUAGACCAGCAGCUGGAGCUGCAGGCGCAGACGGCGAUGGACGCCCCUCCACCAAGUGGAUGGUGGUCGAUAUGGAAGGGCGAGCGGGCAGUUCGGCAUAUGGUGUGCGUGCACCUAGCCUGGUCGCUAUACAUCGUCGUGUACUACGGCAUGCUGCUCAAUAUUCGCUCCUUCAGUCGCGACCACCUGUACAUAAACACCUUCGUCGCGGGCUUCAGCGAGAUGAUGGGCACUUUCUUCGGGCUCUUCCUGAUCCUGAAGACCACCCGCAAGUGGCUGUGGACAGGACUCUUCAAUAUCGUGGCAGGCUGCGUCGCCUACUGCGGUUGGUUGGUUCCGAAGCCCAGCGUAAUUGGGCUGGAUCCGAACGUGGCCUUGCUAAUGUGCUCGGCCAUGGUAUCGAAGAUGGCCAUAUCCACGACUCUGAGCAUACUUACUACCUGUACAGUAGAACUAGUCUCGGAUGACAAAAAGAAAAUCACAUCGUUUUCUACAAUCUGCUGGGCUCGUUUCUGGCUGCUGGGAGCCCCUUUCAUUGGAUCCACAGUGGUCUUCGGACAGCUCAUUCCUCAGACGGCCUUUGCCUCUCUGGCCAUUUUUGGUGGCCUGUGCACAUCCUUGAUAAGUAGUCCUAGAACACAUCCCAUCUCUAGACCAGCCUCACCAGCUGCCCAAGGAGCCCAGAACAUGGCAUCGCAGUUCACCAUCAUCGAUGGAAUGGACAACAAGGGCUAUACGGCCACCUCGAAGGCCAUUCACUCUAACAGCACCAUUAGAAAACUGACCACGCCGCAAUCGAAUCUACCUCCUCAACUUAUGCCCGGCAUUUGGACGACCAAGAUAAACGAGGACGGCCCACCACUGUGAACAGCCUUUCCAAAGUGAUGUUGGGACGAAGAAUUGGGUGUGGUUAAGCUUUGGAAGCUCAUGAAGCAUUUCCAAAGCCCAGGAUUAAAGCCUUUAGGAUAAUGAAUCCUGCGUUCAGGAGCAAGAUACAGUUAAAGAAGCAGAUGUUCAAAAGUAAGCUAUUGCUAACCUCACAGCUAGGACCUCGGAUGGGUUCACUUUGGUGGUGCUGUGACCUGUAAACUAUAGUCUACAAAAUUUGAUAAAUACUAUAUAGCCCGCUUAAUAACUUUAGGGGCUCACUUUUUCGUAAGGCACAUUAGAAAACUUUCUUAGGGAAGGAUCAGGUUAAGUACUAGAUCUUUUCGCACACUUAAGUAAGAGCUCAAAUUUACCCAACUCGGAGUGCUCAAGUGAGAAUAUCUUAAGCACUUGAAGACAAAGGUACAUUUCUAGGUAGGCAAACUCUUAAGCUUAAAGCUGUGGAAUAUAAUCCUCAACCAAAUUAUUUUAAACGAAUGCUAGGCAACAGACAUAUAUAUAUUUCAUUAUCUUUAAAUUUAGGGCAUUAAACUAUUUAGUAAACCCGGAAGGCCAUAAGGCACUCGAGUCUGGGAUUAGCUUCAGCGCAGCCAUAAUUAGUAGUCUCGUAAGCAAGUAAGCCAAAUGUGGAACACGGCUUGGGACAAGCCCAGUAUUACGCAGUCACCUUUGAACCAAAUAAGAACCUUACCUCAUGUAGAACCCACUGCACAGAUAAACCAACUUCAAAUGGUGAUCCUUCUAAAGGCCUGUGGUUCCACAUUUAAGUGAUUGUGUUGCAAACACCUGGAGAGAAUUACAUGAAAAGACAUACAAGAGUAGUUACACAAUAAUUACAUAUUAUGGACAGUUUUAAUUAACUAAUUUUAUCUAUGAUAAAAAUCUCUAAUUAAUUGCGUAGAAAAACAAUAAUUUUAGUGUACACAUUAAUUACUUUACUACCGUUAUGUAUUAUGAUUAUCAAUUACCAAGCUAAUUUAAUAUAAAUCAAUUAGUAGUUUUCAGGUCCUACCAACAUACAUACUACCAACUCUGAAUAUAAAAUCUCUAGUGAAUACGCUUAGCAACUUGUUGAAUGUUAUCUGAAAAUGGUUACUAUAUGAAAGGAAAUGUUAUACAUGGCAAAAGAGCAAUAUUUUUCUAAUAAAGCAUCCCCAUUAAACCAA